AUGGAGGAUGGUCAGGAGAUGUCCCCCUCCUCAACCAAUUCCUCCGAGGAGCUCAGCUCGGCCCUGCCGCUCACCAAAGGGAUGUCGAUCUUCCUCGAUAUAUUGAGAAGAGCAGACAAAAAUGAUGAUGGCAAACUGUCUUUUGAGGAAUUCAAAGCCUACUUUGCUGAUGGAGUCCUGAGUGGAGAAGAAUUGCAUGAGCUUUUUCACACCAUUGAUACACACAAUACUGACAACCUUGACACAGAAGAACUCUGUGAAUAUUUUUCUCAGCAUUUGGGAGAGUAUGAAAAUGUGCUGUCUACCUUAGAAGACCUAAAUGUUUCUAUACUGAAGGCAAUGGACAAAACAAAGAAAGACUAUCAAAAGGCCUCUAACUUGGAACAGUUUGUGACUCGUUUCUUACUGAAAGAAACAUUGAAUCAGCUGCAGUCUCUCCAGAACUCCCUGGAUUGUGCCAUGGAAACCACAGAGGAGCAAACUCGUCAAGAAAGACAAGGACCAGCAAAGCCAGAGGUGCUCUCAAUUCAGUGGCCAGGAAAACGUUCAAAUCGAAGAUUUCAGAGGAACAGUAGUUUAUCACCAAACAGUCCUCAUUUAAAUACAGGUUGGUUAGAGGAAGACAACCAAUGGAUGACCCAGAUAAACAGACUCCAGAAGCUGAUUGACAGGCUGGAAAAGAAGGAUCUAAAGCUUGAGCCACUGGAAGAAGAGGUUUUGGAAGGAAACACAAAAUCUCACAUAAUGAUUGUUCAGCGUCAAAUGUCUGUGCUAGAGGAAGAACUAGAAGAAUUCCGACUCGCUCUGAAACAGUAUGUGGAAUCUGCUUCUACUCGGACUGGAUGUUUGCAUGUUUCCAUACAGAAGCUUUCAAGCGAAUCCCGCUUCAUCAUUUAUGAGUUCUGGGAGAACAGCAGUGCCUGGAAUAGUCAUCUCCAAAUGAACUACAGCAAGACAUUCCAAAGGAGUAACGUGGACUUCCUGGAAAUUCCAGAACUCAUGACAACUAUGCUAGUACCUGCUUCAUGGUGGGUCCUGAACAACAACUAG